GCCAGGCUGCGGGCCCGCGACGGUUGACCCGGCCAGCGGUGGAGCAGGGUCGGCCGGCGCGGUUAACCCGGCGGGGUCGCAGCUCGGGGUUAACGGGCGGCGCGGUUACCCGGCGGGGGUUGAGCCCAGCUCGGACGGCGCGGUUAACCCGCAGCGCGUUGACCCGCGGUUAUCCGGCUGCGCUCUUGACCCGCGGUUAACCCGCAGCGCGUUGACCCGCGGUUAUCCGGCGGCGCUCUUGACCCGCGGUUAACCCGCAGCGCGUUGACCCGCGGUUAUCCGGCGGCGCUCUUGACCCGCGGUUAACCCGCAGCGCGUUGACCCGCGGUUAUCCGGCGGCGCUCUUGACCCGCGGUUAACCCGCAGCGGGCUGAACCCAGGCGCGGCGGCGCGGUUCAUUGAGGGGUGCCGCCAUGCCGUCCCGCGUGGAGGACUACGAGGUGCUCCACAGCAUCGGUACGGGCUCCUACGGCCGCUGCCAGAAGAUCCGGAGGAAGAGCGACGGCAAGAUCUUGGUUUGGAAAGAGCUCGACUAUGGCUCCAUGACAGAAGCAGAGAAACAGAUGCUUGUUUCUGAAGUGAAUUUGCUCCGUGAACUGAAACAUCCAAACAUCGUCCGUUACUACGAUCGGAUUAUUGACAGAACCAGCACAACCCUGUACAUUGUAAUGGAAUACUGUGAAGGAGGGGACCUGGCCAGUGUCAUCACAAAAGGGACCAAGGAGAGACAAUACUUAGAUGAAGACUUUGUCCUUCGAGUGAUGACUCAGUUGACGCUGGCCCUGAAAGAAUGUCACAGACGAAGUGAUGGUGGUCACAUUGUAUUACAUCGGGAUCUGAAGCCAGCCAAUGUCUUCCUAGACGGCAAGCAGAACGUCAAGCUCGGAGACUUCGGGCUCGCCAGGAUAUUAAGCCACGAUACGAGUUUUGCCAGAACGUUUGUAGGGACUCCGUAUUACAUGUCUCCUGAACAGAUGAGCCGAAUGUCCUAUAAUGAGAAGUCGGACAUCUGGUCGCUGGGCUGCCUGCUAUAUGAGCUGUGUGCAUUAAUGCCUCCAUUUACAGCUUUUAACCAAAAAGAAUUAGCUGGGAAAAUUCGAGACGGUAAAUUCAGGCGAAUCCCGUACCGUUACUCUGACGAAUUGAAUGACAUCAUUACGAGGAUGUUGAAUUUAAAGGAUUACCAUCGACCUUCAGUGGAAGAAAUUCUUGAGAAUGCUUUGAUUGCAGACUUGGUUGCAGAAGAGCAAAAGAGAAAUCUUGAGAGGAGAGGGAGGCGCUCAGGCGAGCCUGCAAAGCUGCCGGACUGCAGUCCUGUGCUGAGUGAGCUCAGGCUAAAGGAAAGGCAGCUGCAGGAGCGAGAGCGAGCGCUCAGAGCCCGAGAGGAGAGUCUGGAGCAGAAGGAACGUGAACUUUGUAUGCGAGAGAGACUAGCCGAAGACAAACUGGCGAGAGCCGAGAGUCUGGUGAAGAGCUAUAGCCUGCUGAAGGAGCAGAAGUUCCUGUCUCUGGCAAGCAGCCCAGAACUUCUUGACUUCCCAUCCUCGAUGACCAAGAAGAAGGUUCACUUCCGUGGUGGCGAGAGCAAAGAGAACGCCUUAAGGAGUGAGAGCUCCGAGAGCCAGCCUGGCCCCAAGUCCAGGUGCAAGGACCUGAAGAAGAGGCUCCAUGCUGCCCAGUUGCGCGCUCAAGCCCUGUCAGACAUUGAAAAGAGCUACCAGCUAAAGAGCAGGCAGAUCCUGGGCAUGCGCUAGGCCAGGAGACUCAGAGCUGGGUGGCACUGGAUACCGCCAACCUGACUGAACCCAGCUGCUGUGGUUCUACAUCCUUGAUUCCUGAGCUGCACCAUUUUGUACUGUCAGCAUAACACUGGAAUUGCUUUUUUCCUUUAUCAGUAACAACUGUACCAGAUGGACACAUUUCUUUUCCUCCUGAUAAUCCUUUAUAGAGAGCUCACACUGCUGGUUGAUUGGGCUUUCGUCCUGUGCGUGAUACUACUGGGAAUGAGCUGGGACGCUGUAGACCUUAGGAGAAAAUAAUGUUCGGGGAGGUUGUUUACCCAGGAUGAGGACUCACUGGGAGGUUUAAACAGCUGCAUGGCGUGCCUGCAUCUGUCACAUCUAGUUUUGAACUAUAGGUCUGAGUGGCAGGACAGGCUGUGUGCCCAGCACCUGUUGUCGGCCACGGCCGGGCAUACUCCCGUGUCUUCAGUGAAUUCUCAGGGUCGACCACCAGCCGUUGGUACGGCCUGCUGUCCCUGCAGUUUCCCGAUGAGAUUUUAGGUGGCAUAUGACCUCACUUGUAGUUGACGGGAAGCAGAUGAAACUCUAGGCCUUGCACUCUGCCGCAGGGCCUUGUUACACAGGUGCAGCUUUACAUGAGUGAGCUAUUACGGGGAGAGACCCAGCCACCCACCUGACAGCCUGGUCAAAAGAAUCUACCCAGCAUUCCAGCUCGGGUGUGGUCAGUGCUACUGAAUUUAGAAUCCAGGAGCCAAGUGAAAGGUGACAGUUUUCCAGACGAACAUGCACUUACCUUCAGGGACACUUCCGAGAUUCCGUCCAGUGAAUGCAGGCAUUGCUUAACAUGUGGAAGAAACUUAGGGAGACGUCCAAGCAGGAGUCUGACAUUAAUAAUUAGGCCAGUGCCAUUGUAAUUGGCCCUCAGCAUGCUGUUGUCAAUGCAGAGCAUGCUGGCCACUAGGGGAGGGAGGAUGAGGCCGCAGGAGGCUGUGCUGAGCCCAGGGGAGCUGCCCCGGCCACUCUCCUCAUGCUCAGCUGGGACAGGAAGCGGUCAGAAAUGCCUUCAUGUCCUAGGAAGCUGUUACCCUUCCAAUUGUUGUGUAACUUUGAAUAAAUGGUUUGUUGUCCCUCAAGGACUCUGGGAUCCGUUCAUCUAUUUAAAGUUACUUGAUGACUUUUUUAGAGUAUUUUGCCGUUAAGUACAAGCUGGUUGGUCUGAGAUGCUACAAAUCUUCAUAUUCCGAAUCAUGUACGCGAGAUCACCUAGGGUUUACUGUUAGAGAACUGUCUUCAGAAGGUUGGUCUGUUUCCAAGGCUACCAGGAAAAGCCGGAUUGCUUUGCUGUUUAUCCACAUGUCCCUUAAGACUGCUUCAGAAAAGAACAGUGUACAUCUCGCGCAUUACUAAAGGCUGUGUAUGUGUUAACCUCCUUCGGUGCAGAAGUUGGCUCUUUAUUUACAAUUUCCUAAAGGUUUCAGAAAAGGAUCCGUUUGCCCUAAAAACUGCUAUUGGGAAAAACCCAGCAGGGUGAGGGGAAGGGCAGAAGCAGUUUUAAUGCCAUUUGUCUCAUUAUUAAAUGCCAAAGUCCUUAGAUUUUGAAGUUCUGUAUUAUAUUCUGUCUAUAUAAUUUCAUAACUUGGUGGGGCAAACCCUUCCAAGUUCUCUGCCAUUGGUGCUCAGGACUACAGAGCAGUGCUUGGACACAUCACUAACCAAAAUGAUUAUCUUGUCACUAGUCCAACAAAAAGCUGUGCCUGGUAUAUGUUACUGAUGGUGCCCUCUUUGUGCCAAAAGCUUGCUGUUUGUUUCUAUUGAGACCUUUUCAGAGAAGGAUUUGUUUGCCUUGAUGAACACCAUUAGGUGGAAACCCAGUAAAACUCGUGGGAAAGGCAGACAGGAAUCACAUGCACCUGGCUCCACAAACGAGGCCCGCAUUGAGGUGUCGUGACGACUUUGAUCUGCCCCUUUUUCUGCAUGUAUUUUUCAUGUGGGACAGUUCCUCCACCUUGAUGUGCAGUGACUAGAAAUGUGUCUUUUAGUGGUGACUGUUAAAACAGGGUCUCCUGUCUGUCCUGAAUGGAACAGGACAGUCUUCCAGGUAGGAAAGCCUGUUGGAAACUAGGAACUGGGUGUGGCACUUUUGCCUCCUCUUCUCCUUUGGUCUGUAAUGAAAUUGGUAUAGCAAUACAAAAUAAA